GUCCGAGCAGUGGAGAUCGUGGAGCUGAAGGAAGAGAAGCGAGUGCGCGCUCGUCUCCAUCAGCCGGACGGUUGGGUGACCUUCGCAAAUACAGCUACCGGAGUCCGUCGAGUCAUGCCCAAGGAGGAGUGGCUGGAAACACGCACGGCUGAGUCGUACGUGUCCG